AUGUACGAAUUACUAACUCAGUUGAGUGCAUUAGCUGUGAUUUUCGUUGUCAAGAGUCGUUGCGCACUUAUCGAUACCAGUGAUAGCAAGAUUUUAUCCGAAAGAACAAUGCUCAACAAUAACAACGAUCAAAUCUAUUACUUAUGUGGAACCUAUCCGAAUCAAUAUUAUUCAGUCGAACCUUGUUAUAUGACUGAAAAAGAAUGCGAAAAUGGCGGACAAGUGCUAAACCUUCAGUGUACAAGUGCAUGGCAGUGUAAUUCUGGCUAUUUGGGUGCUGAUGGCGAGGUUGAUUGUAUCAAUGGAUAUUGUUGUACGGUACCAGAAAAAGCUACUCCAGUGCCUAGCCGAAGAUUUGGUUAUUGUUAUGAUGGACAACUAUCGCAAGCUCGUUGCAAUGCACAGGGCCAAUGUUCUGCAGGACAAAUUUGUAUGAACGGGCUUUGUUGCAGCGUUACUGGAUUAGAGUCACGAUGUAAGCUAUUAGUUCGUUGA